AUGGAGACCGUCAAUAAAGUUGUCCACGCUGCCUCGACCGCCAUUUGGGGUGAGGGAGACCAGAACCAGUCGACCGCGCCGCAUGGCGACGAACCCAUCUCUGGUGUGCAGGGCAAAGGUGUCUUCAAUGACCCUUAUGACGCUGGGAACCGCGAUGAUCAAUACGCAGCACCGGCCACAGACCAAGAUACUGCACCCAAAGAGCCCACGGCAGAUUAUAAGGCCCCAACGCUGAACGAUACGACCAAUGAUAUGCCAGCCAGUACAGCCGCAGCUGGCGUGGCUCUGAACCCGAAGGCCACCGCAGGUGGUAAUGCUACAGAGAACAGCACCGCAGACACGGAGCAGCGCAGCACAGAGAAAUCCAAGGAUGCGGGAGGUAGCACUGAACCGGCUUCUGGCGCCUCUGGCUCUGUCCCGCGCAAACAUGAAGUCAGCGAGGAAGCAUUGAAGGGUCCCCAGGGCCCUGCGCCUCACCCGGCAUCGGAGUUUGAGGAUGAAGCCAAGCGGAAGAGACCUGCUUUUAAGGACCCCGGCUUUAAGGAUCCGAAGGCGUCCGAGACACACAAUGACGCCGGCAAGAGCGGUAACUCCUCUUCGAAGAGUCCCGGCAAGGCUUCGACUGGCAGUGAUAACAGCAAUGGAAAUGGAAAGCAUAGCACCAUGUCCAAGGUGAAAGAGGGCCUGAAGAAGGUUGCUCACCCCCGACACGGCAGCAAGUCUUCCUCCUCGUCUUGA